UCCCUCACAUCCCCAACAAACAGGCAGCGGCCGUGGAGCUGCAACAGCGACAGAAGGGGGAAUACGGAGCGGCUUUUCUCGAGGGACCUGCGUGCCGUUGAUGGGAAGAGAAUGCAUUGUGGGUUGCUGGAGGAGCCGGACAUGGAUUCCACAGAGAGCUGGAUUGAAAGAUGUCUCAGCGAAAGCGAAAGUAAACGGUACUCCAGCCACAAUUCCCUGGGGAACAUGACAAAUGACGAAAACGAAGAAAAAGAAAAUAACAGAGCAUCCAAGUCCCACUCAACACCAGCUACUUUACAAUGGUUGGAGGAAAACUACGAGAUGGCGGAGGGGGUGUGCAUCCCUCGCAGCGCACUGUACAUGCACUACCUGGACUUCAGCGAGAAGCAUGACACACAGCCGGUGAACGCCGCCAGCUUCGGGAAGAUAAUACGGCAACAGUUUCCUAAUUUAACGACAAGGAGGCUGGGGACCAGGGGCCAGUCGAAAUACCACUACUACGGCAUCGCGGUAAAGGAGAGCUCCCAAUACUAUGACGUGAUGUACUCCAAGAAAGGGGCGGCCUGGGUGAACGAGACAGGCAAGAAGGAGGUCACCAAGCAGACAGUGGCGUAUUCACCGCGCUCCAAACUGGGGACACUCCUGCCAGACUUCCCAAAUGUCAAAGACCUAAAUCUGCCCACCAGCCUGCCAGAGGAGAAGGUUUCUACAUUUAUUAUGAUGUACAGGACUCACUGUCAGAGAAUCCUGGACACAGUUAUACGAGCAAACUUUGAUGAGGUGCAGAGCUUCCUCCUGCAUUUCUGGCAGGGUAUGCCCCCCCACAUGCUCCCUGUUCUGGGCUCCUCCACCGUAGUCAACAUCGUGGGUGUUUGCGACUGUAUCCUCUACAAGGCCAUUUCUGGGGUGCUGAUGCCCACCGUCCUGCAGGCCCUACCUGACAGCUUGACGCAAGUGAUUCGCAAGUUUGCAAAACAGCUUGACGAAUGGCUGAAAGUGGCACUUCAUGACCUGCCGGAGAACUUGAGGAAUAUCAAGUUUGAGUUAUCUAGAAGAUUUUCACAAAUUCUCAGACGACAGACAUCGUUAAACCACCUUUGUCAGGCCUCCCGAACUGUAAUCCACAGUGCGGACAUCACUUUCCAGAUGCUGGAGGACUGGAGGAACGUGGACCUGAGCAGCAUCACCAAACAGACACUCUACACGAUGGAGGACUCACGGGAGGAGCACCGCAAGCUCAUCGUACAGUUGUACCAGGAGUUUGACCGUCUCCUGGAGGAGCAGUCGCCCAUCGAGUCAUAUAUCGAGUGGCUGGACUCCAUGGUGGAUCGCUGUGUGGUGAAGAUGGCAGGGAAGAGGUCUGGAUGCUUGAAAAAAGUGGCACAGCAGUUCCUGCUCAUGUGGUCCUGUUUCGGGACUAGAGUUAUUCGGGACAUGACUCUUCACAGCGCCCCCAGUUUCGGGUCUUUCCACCUGAUCCACCUCAUGUUUGAUGACUAUGUCCUAUACCUGCUGGAGUGCCUACACUGCCAGGAGAGGGCCAAUGAGCUGAUGAGGGCCAUGAAAGGGGAGGGCACCACAGACCGGGGAGACCAUGUGAUGCCACCAGUAGCCACACCUCCUUCCGUGUCCCCGAGGUCCUACUCUCCCUCGAAGUCUGUGGUUGCUGUCAGGGUGCCAGCCGCCCACUCCCCAGGGACCCCUCAGUCCCUCGAGUACCCCAGUAUCCCAGCAAGCACAGGAGCGAUCCAGUCAUAUACCUGGUCCCUUACAUACACAGUGACCACCUCCGAUAACACCCCCCCAGAGGGAAGCCAGCAGCUGGCUUGCAUGCGCAGUGGCACUGUGCCCCCACCCUCAACCCCCCACCGGAUGCCCGUCUACCCCCACCGGGAUGAGCAUGGAUACACAGGCAGCUACAACUAUGGCAGCUACCCCAACCAGCACCACCAUCCCAUCCAGAACCAGUACCCUGCCUUGCCCCACGAGCCUGGAAUCACCACAUCCCUUCAUUACCCCACCUACCACCGCACCAGCUCACAGUACUCACUCAACAGCCAGAUGUCCCGGAUGGAGCCUUGCCUCAUGACCAGUACACCGCGGCUGCACCCCACCGCGGUGGCCCCCAGGUGGCCCGAUGUGACACCAACCAACAGCUGCUACUCCGGCUCCCCCAUGCACUCCUCACGCUACAGCCACUCUGGGGACGUGUACUCCUCGCUGGUGCCGCGUAGGAACUCCGAGUACGAGCACAUGCAACAUUUCCCAGGCUUCGCCUACAUCAACGGUGAGGCCACCACGGGAUGGGCCAAGUAGGCCUUCGUGUUGACUGGGGGCUUCCCACAGCUCUGCCGGCGGACACAAGACUCGUCUCUCCCUCCUGCUCCAACAUGGGAGAAACAUCUAGGGGGUGAUGGAGGGCCCAGAUAUGAGGCUGAGCGUUUUUCGGAGUAUGGCUGACUUUGACGUCCGGAGCUGAGAAGGAUGCUCUGUACACUUUGGAGAAGGGAGCGGCACGGAGCCAUGCAGCACAAAGGGCAACCACCACUGCCAUGCUGUGCCUUUUUAAUUUUUGCCAUCUUCAAGAGAAGAUCCCGCACAGGAACUGACAGCAAGGCCCUACCCCGGUGCUACCCUGGAUCACCGUCUCCUCUACUCACUGCCAAGGGGCGACGUGUGCACAAGAGCAUAUGAAAGGAUGUCCUUUACCUUUAGCUCUUUGGUGGACCUCAUUUUGCUGCGGAAACGUUAGUUGUAUUCGCCGUGUGUUGUUGCUGCCGGGGGCAGCUCGCAGGGUAUAUACUGCACGUCAGGCUAUACGAGGCUCAAUGACUCACUAGAAGAGCUCGAUAACUUCACCAAUACGGCCGGCAUUUGAUAAAAAGCACGAGCAGAAAUAAUUCUACGGCUGGAACGGAUACUUAACAAAAGGGAGUUAGCUGGCCAUGUUUCAUGAGAUUGAUAUUUUGUGUUUUUACGAACAGGUCGCUGAAACGAAGCUGUCUUUUCUGAACGUGUGUUGUGUUCAGCAUCACAGGUCUCUGUUGCUGUAUUUCCGUGAGAAUUUACUGUAGACACAUUUUCAGUCGCUUUGUGCUGUGGUGUUUUUUUUUUCUUUUGUUUCGUUCUCUGUGUUUUCUUGCUGUUAUAUAUUUUAAAAGUGUUAGGAAUUUUAAGAUUAACUUAGAUUUGUGUGUCAUAAAAUGCACUCAAAGCUCCUCUGGACUUAUUACCCUAUGGGUAAGAAUAAAAAGGAAAAUAAAUCAAUAUGUAACAUUAAGAACUCUAGUCACUUUUUUCCUGUAAAUAAAAGCACUCUGGACAACUUCGGUGGUAAAGGCUGUCAUUGUUUAUACUGGUAUAUAUUGGUAUAUUUGUUCCCACAUA